AUGGCUGCUAAUCAGAGCAAAAACAAUUCGGUUGUUUUCGAGGAUUUCUUACCGAUGAUGGUGGAGAAGCUCGGCGAAGAAGGGUUCAUGGAGGAGUUAUGCAACGGGUUUCGACUUCUAAUGGAUGAACAUAAGGGGAUGAUAACGUUUGAGAGCUUAAAGAGGAAUUUGGGUGUUUUAGGACUGAAGGGAAUGAGUGAUGAAGAAGUAGGAGAAAUGUUGCAAGAAGGAGAUUUGGAUAGAGAUGGAUGUUUAAACCAAAUGGAGUUUUGUGUUUUGAUGUUUAGGUUAAGCCCUGGCUUGAUGGAUUCUUCAAUGAGGUGGCUUCAACAAGCUAUUGGUAAAAAAUGUUAA